CAGUCGGGGAAAGCGCGCCGCGAAAGACGCACGCAUACGGUACGUGUUGGCCCGUACACACUGCACAGUCAACAGGUAUUUGAUGUGCUUUGUUUCGUUGAUAAGUGUCUUUUAUAUGUGCAUGUUACGCUUUCGUUUAAUCAUACGUGCAAAGUAAACUUUGCAUAUGCGCAUUGAAACUUUGUCACCGAUUAGAAUUAAAUUGUGCAAUGUUUAAUUAAGUCAGUGUCUGCAAUUUUUGAAAACGUGAUCGCGCACAGGUGUAAAUAUUUUAAAGUUGUAAUUAAGGUGCGUCUUGAAUUUUGAUUUCGAGAUAUUGUUGCAGAUUGUUCAGAACUUGUAUUAAUGUUGCAAUGCGCUGAACUGCGCAGCGCCACGCAUUACAUUUCAAGUGCAACUCGCGUUCGCAUCUCGGCACAGUUGUAUUUUGUACGUUUAUCGGCGAUGACAUCGCGAUGAACACGCACUAGUUAUUUUAUUUAUCCAAGACUAUCACCAACGUGGUGCAAUUUUCUCAACGUUCUUUUUGAGUAUCACCUGGACUAUUCUGAACGACGCUACAGAGAGGGAUCUCAACCACUGCCGAUAGUUUAUUUUAAAAGAUCGCAGAGAUCUUUUGUCAUCACACAGGAUGGCGAAGUCACAAACACCAGAUAUUGACGCCGGAAAAAAGAUCGAGUAUGAUCCGGACUUUAAAGGACCUAUGAAAAAUCGCUCCUGCACGGAUAUUUUGUGUCUUGGCUUAUUUGUUGUUUUCAUUGGAUGUUGGAUUGGCGUCGCAUGCUAUGCUUAUACACAUGGCGACACCGAACUGCUCUUGAUUCCGCGCGAUUCUUCCGGCUCCAGAUGUGGGUUUGAUCCGCACGUGCUCGAUAAACCUUAUCUGUUCUUCUUUGACAUCAGUAAAUGUUUUGGACCAAAUGUACCCUUCACCGGAUGCAACACGCCACAAAUUUGUGUCAGCCGAUGCCCCUCAGAGACUUUUAUAUGGGAUAACAACAAAGAUUACACCAAAUUAAUAUGUGUCGAUGGCGUGAUUCCUACAACAAGUUCAGCGGAGGCUUUAGUCAAUAACAAAAAAUGCACUCGUUGGUACCUGCGCAGUGAGCAAGUGCUCAAACGAUGUGUGCCCGCUGUGGGCGAACGGUGGCCCGUGUUCGCUGAUUUACGCGCCCGCACGACGCACUCGGCUCGCCACCCCCAGCCAGAGGAAGACUUGGGGGCGAUUAUCAAGCGGCAUCUCGAGGCGGCCGGCUCCGUACUCUCCCUAGCCGUGCACAACGUAAUCGGGCUCUUCACUGACAGCGAUACCGCCCACCAGUUUGGCAAUGAUUUUGUCGAAGACUUGCGCGAUACUUGGCCGGAAAUGCUGGGUUUUCUGGCGCUUGGCAUUUUCGCGUGCAUGUUGUAUAUCUUCAUCAUGCGAUGGAUUGCCAAAAUUAUGGUUUGGUUGACGAUUUUCGGCACAAUUGCAUUGUUGGCUUUCAGCACAUACUUAACGGCGAAGAAUUACGAUUACUACAAAAAACAUCCCUACGACCACGAGAAUGCCAAGAAUAUGUUCGAAAAAUAUGUCAAAACCAAAGAGUUUUGGCUGGUGCUGCUAAUAAUAUCUUCAGUGGUUCUAGCACUAUUGUUGUUUGUACUUAUUUUUAUAAGAAAACAAGUAAUUUUGGCCAUAGCCCUUAUAAAAGAAGGCAGCAAGGCUGUGAGUGCCGUAACAUCAGCAUUAUUUUUCCCGAUAGUACCUUGGUUGCUGCAAAUGGCCAUCUUUGCAUUUGCGAUUAGUGUGGGGCUAUACAUUUCCACUGUGGGAACGCCAUCUUAUCAGAUACGUAACUUUGAUGCAAAUGGAUGUAAAUGUAGUGGUGAAGCAGCUCACUAUAAGGAUGGUGUUGAAUGUACCAUUGAACUAUUCGAACGAUACUGCCCGCAGAAUUGCCCCGGCACAUGCAAGUUUAUCGAAGUUGCAAACACGAAGUGGGUUAUUUACGUUCAGAUCUUAAACGUGUUUGCCUUCUUCUGGGGAGUCUCUUUUGUCACCGCCUUUGGCGAGAUGGUACUUGCUGCCACUUUCGCAAAGUGGUAUUGGACUUUUAAAAAGUCCAGAGUUCCAUUCUUUGCGCUUACCGCAGCCGUUUGCAGAACACUGAGAUAUCACAUUGGAACAUUGGCGUUUGGGUCCCUCAUCAUUGCAAUAUGUCGUAUGAUUCGUGCAAUCCUUGAAUAUGUUGACCACAAAUUAAAGAAAUACGAUAAUGCAGUGACGAAAGCAGUUCUUUGUUGUUGCAAGUGUUUCUUCUGGUGCCUGGAGACUUUCCUCAAAUUUAUUAACAAGAACGCAUACAUCAUGUGCGCCAUCCACGGGAAGAACUUUUGUGCCAGCGCCAAGGAUGCGUGCAGUCUUCUUAUGCGGAACAUUAUUCGGGUUGCAGUUCUCGACAAGGUGACUGACUUUUUGUUCUUCUUGAGCAAAAUGCUCGUUUCACUUGGUGUUGCGUCGAUUGUUUACUCGUACCUAGAGUUCGCAAGCGAGAAGAACUUGCAUUAUCCCAUCGGGCCCGCCAUUAUCAUUUUCAUCUGCACUUAUUUGAUUGCGUGCAUGUUUUUCAGUGUGUAUACGAUGGCGGUGGAUACGUUAUUUAUGUGUUUCCUUGAAGAUUGCGAACGCAACGAUGGAUCCGAGAACCGUCCGUACUAUAUGUCGACGAAUCUUCGCAACAUAUUCCACAAGAAGAAUGUCGUCUCUUAAAUGUGCGUCGCGCAUUUUACGGUGCCAAAAAAAUUCAUUCAAAAAUUGAUAUGAAGUAAAGCGUUGCGUUGUUUCAGCGGUGUAUAUUCAUUGCUUUAGCGGUGUAUUGUAAUCGCUUGUGUCGGUACAUCGCCACAUUUUACAAAUUUUAUAUAUGUAUUUAUCGACUCCAGACUUUUUAUACAUGUAGCCUAUUUAUGUGAUACGUACAACUACAUUACCACUUAACUAGAUAACGUUAAUAUAUGUGAAGAUAUUUAGUGGAACGGUUCUGUUUCGCACAAAUGAAUGCAUAAACAAAAAUAUAACUGAAUGUUUCUAUUUAUCGAAGUGCAAAA